AUGGAGCAAAAAAAGAAAAUUGAUGUCAUUUUAAAUAAGAAGAAUAAUCUUAAAAUUAUUAUAACGGGAAUUGAUGAAUUGAAAGAUUUGGAUAUUAACAAUACCGAACACUACAAGCGAAUAAACAUAGAACCAUCAUUAGAAGAUGAGGAUUAUGAAGUUUUUGGAUCAGUUAUUUCGAAAGAUAAUUUAAGAUUAGAGGAUUUUUUAGUCACAUUUGGAUUAUAUGACAUUAAUGGAUUUUCUACAAUGAUAAAAACUUUAAAGAAUACAAAUACUGAUAUUACGGAAUGUUAUAUUUUGUGGAUGGUUAUUGGAAAUCCUUCAAAAUUAUCAGUUUUUAGCCCUAGGAAUCGAGAGUUUCAAGUUGAUUGUAUUAAAGAGUCUAUAACAUUACAAUCUAAUAAUUCUUACUACCCAGUUAAAACUUCUUAUGAACUAUCUGAAGGAUGUACGAUUUCUGUAAAUGCACAUUGUUCAACAGCAAAUUAUGAGCCUAUAAAUAUUAAAAUUAAAAUGGCUGGUUGGUCGGAAGAUUGCAUUUAUUUUCAAAUAAUCGAAACAAAUUUAGAUAGUUCUGAUAUAAUUUCUGAUCAACUUACAAGUAUUGAAAUUAUUAUAUGUGUUUUAUAUUCAAAUUACGAAAAUUUGAAGAUUGAUAAUAGGAAAGUAGAAAAUUCUCUUGAUUCAAUUGGCUGCAUUUUAACUGAAAGUACAAAAGUUAUUCCCUUUUUACCUUUAAUUUCCGAAAUCAGUAAUAGUUGCAAUGAAACUAUUGGGUUGUUAAAACAACGAGUGGAUGUUGUAGAUUCGGCUGUGCGUGAUCUUAAAAAAGAUAAACAAGGAUUUUUCGAUCAUAAGAAUCAUAUUUAUUUACAAAAUUUAGUUAAAGUUACAACACAAAUUAAAAAUUUUAUGACAGAAAUUUCUCAAAUGAAAACUUUGUUAAAGUAUAUCAAAGCGAAAAGUAUAGAAGAAACUUUUAAAGAUUUAUGUGAAGAAUUUGAUAAUUGUAUUAAUUCAUUGGCUUUUACUAACACAAAUAAAAAUUCUGAUAAGCUUGAACAAUUAAAAGCUGAUCAAGAAGAUUUAACUAAGGUAAGUAAAAAAUUGAAUCUUAUGAAAUAA